GGUUCCGUGUCCUUAUGAGCACAAAGAAACUGAGAAGAAAUUGAAGGGCUUACUUUUACUUUGUAUUUCCUGUUCUAUUUCCUUAUAAGCACAAAGAAACUGAGAAGAAAUUGAAGGGCUUACUUUUACGUGCUUUGUUUUAUAGUUUUUGUAGCAUAUAAGUGUUUAUUUUGGCUUUGUAAUUUUCAGGCUGCACUGCAAGUUUAGUUUACUUGUGCCGUGUUGCGCUAUUUCAUUUGUUUGAAUAAAAUUCUAAUUCUUCCUGAAAAAAGAAAAAAAAAGAAAGAAAAAGAAAGCGAAGUUAUGCCUUUGGACGUUGCAGGGGCUGCUCUUGGGGCAGCAUUUGGAGAGGGCUUUGCAGUGUUACAUGACAAAGUGAAGGAUGUGGUACGCAAAGCCCGUAUGUUCAAACCCAUUCUUAAACGCCUCGAAUCCACGUUAGAUAGUUUGGUGCCAACGGUCAAUGAAAUAAGACGAUUAAGCGAACAACUUGAACUCCCAGAAAGGGAAACAAAGAGAUUGAUGGAACAAAUGGAAGAGGGAGCGAAGCUGGUUAGCAAGUGCUUGAAAAUCCGGUGGUGGAACUACGUUUUCAAAGUCCAAUACUCUCCCAAACUUGAAGAGUUAGACAAAGAAAUCCUCAGGUUCUGUCAGGUUGACUUGCAUGCACUGUGCACAAGGAAUGGGUUGAGGACUUUAGAAACGGUGAUCAGUAUAAACAAGAAAGUGGAUUCGUUCAGGGGCGUGGAGACACCAAGGGGGUUGGGCGGGGUUUCUGGACCCCAAGAUUUAACAGUUGGGUUAGAUAUGCCAAUAAAGGAGUUGAAGACGCUGCUGUUGAAGGAGGAGGUGAAGCUGCUCCUAUUGACUGCUCCUGGAGGAUGUGGGAAAACCACAUUGGUGAAAAUGCUCUGUCAGGAUAAAGAAAUUAAGGGCAUAUUUGAGGACAAUAUUCUCUUUGUGAACGUUUCAAAAACUCCCAACGUGAAGGUCAUUGUGCAGAACCUAUUUAAUUAUAAGGAUAUGCAGCCUAAGUUUCAGAUUCAAAGUGAUGAAGAUGCAAUUGACCAACUGUCACAUCUGCUGAAUCAUAUUAGACCUAAUCCUAUAUUGUUGAUCCUAGAUGAUGUCUGGCUCGGAUCAGAAUCCAUUCCUGAAAAGUUGAAGUUUGAUAUUCCAGAUUACAAGAUUUUGGUUACAUCAAGAACUGCAUUUCCAAGAUUUGAAUUUACAUAUCACUUAGAACCGCUAAAUGAUGAAGAUGCAAUGACUCUUUUUCGUCACUCAGCAUCCCUGAAAGAGGGGAGCACUUAUAUUCCACCAGAAGAAGAUAUCAAAAAGAUAGUAAGAGGAUGUGCAGGGUUCCCACUGGUCCUUAAAGUGAUUGGUGGCUCACUGUGUAGGCAAAAGGCAGAAGUAUGGCACAGUAGACUAAUGAAUUGGUCUGAUGGUCAAUUUUUUUUCAAUUCUGAUACUGAGUUGCUUGAUAAUCUUCAAAAGAGUUUAGAAUUUCCAGAUCACAAGGUCAACAUCAAAAACUGUUUCAUGGACCUUGGUUCAUUUCCUGAAGACCAAAGGAUCCCUGCUGUUGCCCUCAUCGAUAUGUGGGCAGAAUUAUAUGAACUAGAUGAAGAUGGCAUCCAUGCAAUUGCCAUUAUGGAAGAACUCACUAAUCGGAAUUUGGCUAGACUUGUGAUGGCAGGGAAAGAUGCAAGUGAGGUCAAAAGCUAUUAUAAUGAAGACUUCGUCACACAACAUGAUAUUCUUAGAGAGCUUGCUAUGCAUCAGAGCAGCCGGGAGUCUAUAGGACAAAGGUCAAGACUGAUUAUUAACAUAAGUGGAAACAAUCUACCAAAGUGGUGGACGGAACAAAAACAACAACUCAUUAGUGCUCGCCUAUUAUCUAUCUCAACAGAUGAAUUAUUCUCGUCGAGUUGGUGCAACAUUCAAGGAUCUGAAGUUGAGGUUCUAGUUCUGAAUUUUCAUACAAAUAAUUACACCUUACCUGAGUUUGUGGAGAAAAUGGAUAAACUCAAGGUUUUGAUAGUCAGUAAUUAUGGUUUCUUUCAUUCCAAAAUAAGCAAUUUUCAAUUGCUCGAGUCUCUGCCCAAUUUAAAGAGAAUCAGAUUAGAGAAGGUUUCAAUUUCUUCAUUUUGCAAUACCCUUGUACCAUUGACGAGUUUGAAGAAAAUAUCCUUGUUUAUGUGUAAUAUUGGUGAGGCUUUUGAGAAUUGUACAAUUCAGGUUUCAAAUGCAUUGCCAAAUUUGACGGAGAUAAACAUUGAUUAUUGCAAUGAUCUGGAGGGAUUGCCUGUUAGGCUAUGUGAUAUUGUCCACCUCAAAAAACUCAACAUCACCAAUUGUCAUAAGUUGUUUGCAUUGCCAGAAGAAAUUGGAAAGUUGGUGAAUUUAGAAGUGCUAAGGCUUAGGUCAUGUACUGAUUUGUCAGAGCUCCCAAAUUCAAUCAGAACCCUCCAUAAGUUAAGCAUUCUAGACAUAUCUGACUGCCUAAGCAUUAUGAAGUUGCCAAAACACAUUGGUGAGAUGUGUAAUUUAAAAGAACUCAACAUGAAAGGGUGCUUGAGAUUGCGUACUCAGUUUCCAGAAUCAAUAAUGGAUCUUAAGCAAUUAAAGCUUGUGGUAUGUGAUGAAGAGAGGGCCAAGUUAUGGGAUCCUAUCAAGGAAUUCCUAUCCAAUCUUGAAGUAUUGGUGGCAGAAAAAGAUAUCAACUUGAAUUGGCUUCCCAAAUAAUGAAUUCCGUGAAUUGUUUCCUUUUGGAAAAUGUAGUAGGUUUGAGUAUGUUAUGUCAAAUGGAAAUAUGGAAAAUCACUGUCAAUGCCAUUGCCAACAAUAGCUGCUAGUCAAGAUAGUUCUCAGUAGAAGCAAUGAUUAUUUUUCAACAGAGAACUAAGUGUGCACAGUUUGUCAUGGUGUUGGAGGAUGUGUACAAGUCACCACUGAAUAAUUACUCUCAAUGGCAUUGAAAUGAUACUGGAGUAUGUCGCCAUUGGCCUUUGUUUUUCAAAUAUAAUCUCUCAGAAGCUAUUGAUCUUGCUUAACCUCCUUCCUCCCAUGUGUAAAAAAACUUCUGGUUAUAGGGACAACAAGUGAAGUGGACUUCUACUAUUCAAUUGGUUUUUGUGAUGCUUUCUCUGUCACUCACCAUGAUGCAAGGAAGGUGCUUGAAAAGUUGUAUGUUUUUGCUAAUGAAGGCAUAAUGAUGUAAGCUUAUACUUGAUCAUU